AUGGCUCCGGGACAGAUACCCAGCCUGUCGGGAUUCGCUUUGUUAAAGAUGUUCGCGGCCGUUUCUCUAGUCAUUGCCGUUUUGCUGGCGUUGGCUACGCCUUCGGAAGCGACUUUUCAGAGUGACUGCCUGGCUCUUACUCCUCAGACUACAGUGGUCAACUCGACUGCUCAGGAGAUCAGUCAUGUGGAGACCGGCACCAACCUCACUUUUCCAGAACAAGAUCCAUCAUGCGGUCGCGGAAGCCAGGUGGUCCGCACUAAUCUUUGUCGUGUCGCCAUGAAUAUUACAACUUCUAGUAGAUCACAGAUUGUCGCUGAAGUGUGGCUACCCGAGAAAUGGAAUGGGCGCAUGGUAACGGUCGCUGGUGGAGGGCUCGAUGGGUGCGUUCACACUGAGGACCUUGCGUAUGCUACUGCUCAUGGCUUUGCUGCUGUUGGCACGAAUAACGGGCAUGCUGGAACGACCGGUGCACAGUUCCUCAACAAUGAUGAUGUUGUCAUUGACUUUUCGUACAGAGCGAUUCACACGGGCGUUCUCGCUGGGAAGAGUCUUCUCAAGUCUCUCUACAAGGAGAAAAUCACGGGGUCAUACUUCUUAGGUUGUUCUCUUGGAGGACGGCAAGGCGUACAAGCCGCGGACAUGUUUCCCGAAGACUUCGAUGGUAUCGUCGCAGGUGCACCGGCAGUGGACUUCAACAACCUCUACUCCUGGCGAGCCAGCUUCUACCCUCUGACUGGUUCUGUUGACUCCAAGGAUUUCAUUGCUCCCGCCACCUGGAAGACGACAAUCCAUGAUGAAGUGCUUAAGCAGUGCGACACUAUCGAUGGUGUUCAAGACGGCAUCAUAGAGGACCCCACCCUCUGUCACUUCGAACCUGGAACUCUCCUGUGCAAGUCAGACAGCGGCGACUCCAAAUGCCUCACUGGCGCACAAGUCGAGAUCGUGAGAAAGAUCUUCAGCCCAACCAACUACACGGACGGCAAGCUUUUCUGGCCAGCCAUGAAUCCCGGCAGCGAAAUCAUCACCGCAGACGGGCUGUACAGUGGAAGCCCAUUUGCUCUAUCCCAGAAUUGGUUCCGCUAUGCGAUUUACAAUGACCCGAAUUGGGACCCGGCUACUUACACACUCGAAAAGGACGGCAUCUUUGCUCAAAAGCGGAACCCCGGCAACAUCAAGACGUACCCACGGGACUUGUCGGCAUUCAAGAGGAGGGGAGGAAAGUUGUUGAUGUACCACGGCCAACAGGAUCAGCAGAUUACGAGCUUUCACACUCCCAUUUUCUAUGACCGCUUGGCAAAAGGCAUGCAUCUGAACCACACUGGAAUGGAUCACUUCACACGGUUCUUCCGUGUUUCGGGCCUGUACCAUUGCACGACAGGACCCGGUGCCUGGUUGAUUGGCCAAGGAAGCAGCGGUGGAAACUCGGCCGUCAUCAGCGAUAGUCUCCCAUUCAAUAGGACAUACAAUGUCCUGGCCGCCAUAGUAGACUGGGCUGAGAGUGGAAUCGCCCCGGACACCAUAACAGGAACCAAGUUUGUCAAUGACAGUGUUGGUUCGGGUGUGGACUUCCAACGGCGACAUUGCAGAUACCCGUUGCGAAAUACCUACCGGGGUGAGGGUAUGGAUCCAAAACUCCCGGAUAGCUGGAAAUGUGUGUAG